AUUUAAGAACAGCAACGCCUGGCACGUUGCUGGAGAACCCCAGGAGCAAAACGGGGAAGGGAGCAGCGGCAGGGAGACCGGAAAGGCAGCAUGCGCCCUCCGGGAGCGGCCUCGGCGCCCAAGGUCUAAGGCUGCAGCCCCAGUUCGCCAUUGUGAGCCACCACUGGGGCACCCCGCCUGCGCUACCGUCCCUCUAGGUCCCCGUCCGCGCCGCGAUGGGGCACCUGCCCACGAGGACGCGCGGCGGCCGCCGCCUCCUGCCUCUGCUCUGGCUCUUUGUGCUGCUCAAGAACGCUACAACAUUCCAUGUAACUGUUCAAGAUGAUAAUAGCAUCGUUGUCUCUUUAGAAGCUUCAGAUAUCAUGAGUCCAUCAUCCGUGUAUGUUGUGAAGAUAACCGGUGAAUCAAAAAAUUACUUCUUCGAAUUUGAGCAGUUCAACAGCACUUUGCCUCCUCCUGUUACCUUUAAGGCCAAUUAUCAUGGCCUUUACUAUAUAAUCACUCUGGUAGUGGUAAAUGGACAUGUGGUUACCAAGCCAUCCAGAUCAAUCACUGUGUUAACAAAACCUCUACCUGUAACCAGUGUUUCAAUAUAUGACUAUAAACCCUCACCUGAAACAGGAGUUCUGUUUGAAAUUCAUUAUCCAGAAAAAUAUAAUGUUUUCACAAGAGUAAACAUAAGCUAUUGGGAAGGUAAAGACUUCCGGACAAUGUUAUAUAAAGAUUUCUUUAAGGGAAAAACAGUAUUUAAUCACUGGCUACCAGGAAUAUGUUAUAGCAAUAUCACCUUUCAGCUGGUAUCUGAGGCAACUUUUAAUAAAACGACUCUUGUGGAGUACAGUGGAGUUAGUCAUGAACCCAAACAGCAUAGAACCGCCCCUUAUCCACCUCGAAACAUUUCAGUGCGUAUUAUAAACUCGAACAAAAACAAUUGGGAAGAACAGAGUGGCAGUUUCCCAGAGGAAUCGUUCAUGAGAUCACAAGAUACAAUGGAAAAAGACAAACUCUUCCAUUUUAUGGAUGAAACUCCUGAAAUUCCCUCUGGCAACAUUUCUUCUGGUUGGCCCGAUUUGAACAGCAGUGACUACGAGACCACAUCCCAGCCAUAUUGGUGGGACAGAGCGUCAGCAACUCCUGAACGUGAAGAUGAAUUUGACAGUGUACUCUCCCUGGGAAGUGACAGUAACAGCACUCUCAGUGAGACUGAGCCGACGUCAGGCUCUUUCUCAUUCUUCCCUGUGCAACUGAUACUGAGUUGGUUACCGCCAAAGCCACCCACUGCCUUUGAUGGGUUCCAUAUCCACAUGGAAAGAGAAGAAAACUUUACAGAACAUUUGACAGUGGCUGAAGAAGCACAUGAAUUCGUCACAGAACUGAAGGAGCCUGGGAAAUAUAAGUUAUCUGUGACGACCUUCAGUUCCUCAGGAUCCUGUGAAACUCGAAAAAGUCAGUCAGCAAAAUCCCUCAGUUUCUACAUCAGUCCUUCGGGAGAGUGGAUUGAAGAGCUCACUGAGAAGCCCCAGCACGUCACUGUCCAUGUUUUAAGCUCGACCACUGCCUUGAUGUCCUGGACGUCUUCUCAAGAGAACUACAAUGGCACCAUUGUGUCUGUGGUGUCCCUCACCUGCCAGAAACAAAAGGAGAGCCAGAGGCUAGAAAAACAGUACUGCACUCAGGUGAACUCAAGCAAAUCUAUUAUUGAAAAUCUGGUUCCUGGUGCCCAAUACCAGGUUGUGAUGUAUCUAAAAAAAGGCCCUUUGAUUGGACCACCUUCAGAUCCUGUAACAUUUGCCAUUGUUCCAACUGGAAUAAAGGAUUUAAUGCUCUACCCCUUGGGUCCUACAGCAGUGGUUUUGAGCUGGACCAGACCUUACUUAGGAGUCUUCAGAAAAUAUGUGGUUGAAAUGUUUUAUUUCAACCCUGCAACAAUGACAUCAGAGUGGACAACCUACUAUGAAAUAGCAGCGACUGUCUCCUUAACUGCAUCAGUGAGAAUAGCGAAUCUGUUGCCAGCGUGGUACUACAACUUCCGCGUGACCAUGGUGACAUGGGGAGAGCCAGAACUGAGCUGCUGUGACAGUUCCACCAUCAGCUUCAUAACAGCCCCAGUCGCUCCAGAAAUCAUCUCUGUGGACUAUUUCAACAGCCUGCUAUAUAUAAGCUGGACCUAUGGAGAUGACACAACUGACCUCUCCCAUUCAAGAAUGCUGCACUGGAUGGUUGUGGCAGAAGGAAAGAAGAAAAUUAAAAGGAGUGUAACUCGCAAUGUAAUGACUGCAAUUCUCAGCCUGCCUCCGGGCGAUGUCUACAAUCUCUCAGUAACUGCUUGCACUGAAAGAGGAAGCAAUACCUCCAGGCUCCACCUUGUCAAGCUCGAACCGGCUCCUCCAAAGUCACUCUUUGCAGUGAAUAAAACCCAGACUUCAGUGACUUUGCUGUGGGUGGAAGAGGGGGUAGCUGAUUUCUUUGAAGUCUUCUGCCAACAAGUUGGCUCUAGUCAGGAAACCAAACUGCAGGAACCAAUUGCGGUCUCUUCUCACGUUGUGACCAUCUCCAGCCUACUUCCCGCCACUGCCUACAACUGCAGCGUCACCAGCGUCAGCCACGACAGCCCCAGCGUCCCCACAUUCAUCACCGUCUCCACGAUGGUUACAGAGAUGAAUCCCAAUGUGGUAGUCAUCUCAGUGCUGGCCAUUCUUAGCACACUGCUGAUUGGAUUGCUGCUGGUCACCCUGGUCAUUCUCCGGAGAAAGCAUCUGCAGAUGGCGAGGGAGUGUGGAGCGGGAACCUUUGUCAAUUUUGCAUCCUUGGAGAGGGAUGGAAAGCUUCCACACAACUGGCGUAGGAGUGUGUUUGCUUUCCUAACCCUGCUACCUUCCUGCCUUUGGACUGAUUAUCUUUUGGCAUUUUAUAUUAAUCCUUGGAGUAAAAAUGGGUUAAAGAAGAGAAAACUGACUAACCCUGUUCAACUGGACGACUUUGACGCCUACAUCAGGGAUAUGGCCAAAGACUCCGACUAUAAGUUUUCUCUUCAGUUUGAGGAGUUGAAGCUGAUUGGACUGGAUAUUCCACACUUUGCUGCAGACCUUCCACUGAACCGAUGUAAAAAUCGUUACACAAACAUCCUACCAUAUGACUUUAGCCGAGUACGAUUAAUCUCCAUGAAUGAAGAGGAAGGAGCAGACUACAUCAAUGCCAACUACAUUCCUGGAUACAACUCAUCCCAGGAGUACAUCGCCACCCAGGGGCCGCUGCCUGAAACCAGAAAUGACUUUUGGAAGAUGGUCCUACAACAGAAGUCUCAGAUUAUUGUCAUGCUCACUCAGUGCAAUGAGAAAAGGAGGGUGAAAUGUGACCAUUACUGGCCGUUCACGGAGGAACCCAUAGCUUACGGAGACAUCACGGUGGAGAUGAUCUCAGAGGAGGAGCAGGAUGACUGGGCCUGCAGACAUUUCCGGAUCAUCUACGCUGAUGAGGUGCAGGAUGUGAUGCAUUUUAACUACACUGCAUGGCCUGAUCACGGUGUGCCCACAGCAAACGCUGCAGAAAGCAUCCUGCAGUUUGUACGCGUGGUCCGACAGCAGGCUGCGGGGAGCAGAGGCCCCAUGAUCGUGCACUGCAGCGCUGGCGUCGGCCGGACAGGAACCUUCAUCGCCCUGGACAGGCUGUUGCAGCACAUUCGGGAGCACGAGUUUGUGGACAUCUUAGGGCUGGUGUCAGACAUGAGGUCGUACCGGAUGUCCAUGGUUCAGACAGAGGAGCAGUACAUUUUCAUCCACCAGUGCGUGCAGCUGCUGUGGAUGAAGAAGAAGCAGCAGUUCUGCAUCAGUGAUGUCAUCUAUGAGAACGUUAGCAAGUCCUAGUUCAGAGUCCGGAGCAGACAGGACACGGUGUGUACCCAUCCUCCCUUGCUUCCAGAGUUUUGUUUUUUUUUGGGGGGGGGGGGUGUCCUGCUAGCCAUUUUGCUAAAAGGAGCCCCUGCUUUGUAACAUGUGGCCAAGGAGAUAAUUUUUCUCAUAGAAGCACCGGGAAGACUUAGCCUUAAAGAGCCUACAGUGUCUUUUGGACUCUUUCUCUUCUGGACACUUAAUAAGGAGCCAGCUUCCACUGAACACCGAAAGAUCCAGGCGCUCUGCCAGGGCAGGAAGCACAGCCCCUUCCGAAGACUUUCACUGCCCUUUGCUGCUCGGGCUGAGUUGUUUGUCCCUGUUUCUAAGUGCAAUAAUUUUUGUACGUGUGUGAUCUUAUCAGAAAGUUGAAUUGUUUUCUGCUCACACCGUUGAUCAAGCCCAUAGUCCAGGAAGGAAUAGGCAUUGUUAGUCUAAAAUUAUACCUCAUUGUUAAAAAGAGGCAUGGCCACAUAUAAAGAAAGAGUAAUUCUACUUCAAGAAAACUGAACCAGCGCUACCUGCACUUCAACAUUAAGCUACUGGGUCAGGAGCCGGAAGGGUGGAUGGGGGAAGAGAGAGAGGUUCUACCCAGAGAUCAGUCACCUAUCUUUUCCAAAUAUUAAAAGCUGUAAUUCAGCUCCAAAGUAGAGUAGAAAAAAAAAUAUUUAAUUCUUAAUUGUUCUAGUUCUUGACGAUUUUCUUUCGUGUUAACAGUUAAGCGUUUCUUCCUUGGUCCUCUUAGACUAAUGUCACCAUCCAGGUUCUUGUCCAACAAAUCAUAUCUAAUUCGAAGAGGUGGAAGUCUGGGUCUCCAGACCCCAUUGCUGUCUGAGCAAUCUUGGCGCCUAGACUUUGCGUUCUGUUCCUGUUGACCUGCAUACAUGGGAAGCAGUUUCUGUGAGAACUGUAUAGGAUGUAAAAACACACUUUCUUUCCCCAAAACAGCUGGGAAUUUAUGACGUUAUGGCAAUGUGCUGCAGCAUGCUAGGACAAUUAUUUGACUACCUUUUUUUUUUAUAUAUUGUCAAGUGUCACUAUGAAUUUUGACAGAGAUUUCUUCUUUUCUUUGGUUGUCAGUUUCAGUUUAACGAGUGUAACUAGUAACAUUCUAUCCCAUUCUUUAGAUUUUGUAUAAUUACAGUACAUGAUUGUUGUGACAUGAAUGCUGUCAGAGUGGACAUCGAUGGCAUCCUGAAGCCUGUUACUUUGUGUCCCUUCCAAGGAAUAAGGGGUGAUGGUGUGGAUGUGCAGAGGAAGUCUUUACAAGCAGAGAGUAAAUACAAGCUGGCUUCCGUGUGGCCGCGUGGCU